CGGCGGAGCCCGAAGAUGGCGGCGGCGCGGCUGUGGCGGUGCCGCUGCCGGGCGCUGCUCUCCCGGCCCGCCGGCGCUCUGCGGGCGCGCCGCGGCCUGGCCGCGGGGCCGGAGAUGCACUUCGGCUUCCAGACCGUGACGGAGGAGGAGAGGAGAGAGAAAAUUUAUCAGGUCUUUGAAAAUGUGGCCAAGAAAUACGAUGUAAUGAAUGAUUCAAUGACCCUAGGAAUUCAUCGGGUAUGGAAGGAUAUGCUCAUGCAUAAAAUGAACCCUUGCCCAGGAACACUCCUCCUUGAUGUUGCUGGGGGAACAGGUGACAUUGCCUUUCGAUUCAUUAAUUAUGUUCGCUCUGUACGACAACGCCAGCUCCAGAGGAAGCUCAAGCACCAUCAGAAUUUGUCAUGGCAGGAAAUUUUUGAGAGUUACCAGAAAGACAAAUUUAACUCACUAGGGGAUUCCCAAGUGGUGGUCUGUGACAUCAACAGAGAAAUGUUAAAAGUUGGGAAGCAGAAAGCACAGCACCUUGGCUACUCUGAAGGCUUGUCCUGGGUACUUGGGAAUGCUGAAGAGUUACCCUUUGAUGAUGAUAAAUUUGAUGUUUACACAAUUGCCUUUGGAAUCCGAAAUGUAACUCGUAUUGAUUUGGCACUUCAAGAAGCCUAUCGUGUGCUGAAACCAGGAGGAAGAUUUCUCUGCCUUGAAUUUAGUCAUGUCAGCAACCCUCUUCUUUCCAGGUUCUAUGAUCUCUACAGUUUCCAGGUAAUCCCUGUUCUGGGUGAGGUUAUUGCUGGUGACUGGAAGUCUUACCAGUAUCUUGUGGAGAGCAUCCGACAGUUCCCCCCUCAGGAGGAGCUGAAGGCAAUGAUAGAAGAUGCAGGCUUUUUCAAAGUGGAUUAUGAGAAUUUAAACUUUGGCAUUGUUGCCAUUCACUCAGGUUUCAAACUGUGAGGUCUGGGUAGCAAAACACCAAAACAUUUUCAUGAGGGAUAUGAAAGCUGUGGAAUUUUAGCAAUAUCAAAAGGAGUUCUAAGAAGUUGUGCAGCAGAUACUUGCUCAGCAGCUGGACUCAGAAGAACACAAGUUACCUCUCCCCACCAAGAAACCUGUGGAGUGACUCCAGUGGUGUUUCUUACACUUGCAUUUCCCUUCAAGUGCAAUGUAAAGGAUGUGGCCAAAACUGAGCAAUGCUGACAAGCGAAGCAAGUUGGCAGUGGGUGUGGAUAGAGACUGAUUAGUCUCCAAAUAAGAUGCCUUGUUUUUUUUACUAAGCUUUAAAGGAGGAUAUUAUACUUGUGAGAAGUAACUUGGAUUUAUGAAGUAACUAUGGACUUUUAUGAAGCUGUUAUUAUCUUUGUCAUGUGGAGUUUAAGGAUUUUUUCCCAUGACUCCUUCUUUCAAAGGCAAAUGGAAGGCUUAUGAAAUAAAAGGGCUCUGCAUCAACUUUUUCUACUUAAA